UAAAACGUAUAAAAAUCCAAGAUUAAUUACCAUUUACCGGUGGCCAUGAUUUCUCUAACUGAUGCUUAUCAUACUGUGGCAGCUAUAAUCCCACUGUAUGUUGCAAUGAUCUUGGGUUACAUUUCUGUAAGGUUUUUAAAUCUUUUAAACCCGGAUCAAUGUUCGGGUAUUAAUAAAUUUGUUGCUAAAUUCUCGAUCCCUUUGUUAUCGUUUGAAGUGAUAUCUAAAUGCAAUCCGUAUAAAUUAAACAUGAGGCUAAUUUGUGCUGAUGUUCUUCAAAAAAUCAUUGCCUUAAUUGGGGUUGUUGUGAUCACCCGAGUUCGGUCCAAUGUUAAUCUGAAGUGGAUCAUAACGGGUGUUUCUUUGUCCACAUUACCCAACACUUUGAUCGUGGGGAUCCCCCUUUUGAAGGCGGUUUAUGGCCAAGAAGCCCAAGUGCUUCUUGCACAGAUAGUUGAACUCCAGAGCCUGAUCUGGUACAACUUGUCAUUGUUUCUGUUAGAGCUGUCAACCGCAAGAGACGUUCACACGAUGCAACCAGCGACAACCGCAGUUCAAGAGGAACCAGAGGACCGACAAGCAGUACGACGUGGAACAGAUGAAAUACGUGAAACAAUCUCCAGUGUUCCGAGAAGAACAAAUAUAACAGCGGUUUUAUUAACUGUUGGGAAGAAGCUUCUAACUAAUCCUAAUUUUGAUGCAACUAUAGUAGGCCUUGCAUGGGCAUUUAUACACUUCGGGUGCGAUGUAAAACUGCCCAAGGUAGUUGAAGAUUCGGUAUCUAUUAUGUCAGACGGAGGACUUGGAAUGGCAAUGUACAGCCUAGGUCUGUUCAUGGCGUCACAGGACCGCAUAGUAGCUUGUGGUACCCGACUGGCAUUACUAGCCAUGUUCUUGCGGUUCAUUGUUGGGCCGGCCAUAAUGGCGGGCCCCUCUUUUGCUAUUGGAUUAAAGGGUGCACCAUUCCAAAUUGCAGUUCUGCAGGCGGCUCUUCCUCAAGGGAUCGUCCCAUUUGUAUUCGCGAAGGAGUAUAAUGUGCAUCCGGAAAUCUUGAGCACCGGGAUCAUUAUCGGAUUGCUUGUUGCAUUGCCCGUCGCAUUGGUGUACUACUUGUUGUUGAGAUUAUAGAUCAGAAGAAUGGAAUACAAGCAGUUACAUGUGGAGUAUAUAUGGUUUAUGAAAUUCUUUUCAUAGAACCUAAUAAAUAUAAAUGGGAAGCAAAUGAUCGAACACCUACAAGGCAUAUUUGCCAACAUAUUACAAGCCCAGUAACAGAUCAGCAAUAUAUAUGUAAAUCCCUUAUAAUGUAUACACGCUAACACGCCCGU